AUGUCUACCGAGGCCGCGAAUGUAAAGAACAGCACGGUAAAGGAGCCUGGCUCACCCGAAAAGCCAUUUGACUCAACAGGAAGUGAAACAAGUGAUGGAAGACCCUCUCUUAUCACUCGGUUCCACUCGUCGGUUCUGGAUCCAGAGAGAAGUUCAUCUCCUUACCGCGUAGCGGAGGCAAUCGACCGUGAGGGUGGCUUGCUCUGGCCAUCAAAGGGCACCAAAUUGCGCAAAGACGAGUCACCCGAAGAGAGGAAAGAGCGCCUCGAGCGGAUGGCGGGUGCUAUAAAAACAGUUAUUGAAUGUGUGGGGGAAGACCCGGACCGUGAAGGGGUUAUGAAGACACCCAUGCGCUACGCCCAAGCUCUCAUGUUCUUCACUCAGGGAUAUGAGCAGAAUAUGAAAGACAUUAUCAAUCAGGCUGUCUUUGAGGAGGAUCAUGACGAAAUGGUCAUUGUCAAGAACAUAGACAUCUUCUCUUUGUGCGAGCACCAUAUGGUCCCCUUUGUGGGAAAGGUCAGCAUCGGAUAUAUACCGGAUAAGCGCGUGCUCGGUUUGAGCAAACUGGCUCGGAUAGCCGAAAUGUUCAGCCGCCGUUUACAGGUACAGGAGCGACUUACAAAGCAGAUCGCCAUGUCGCUUCAGGAGAUCUUAAAACCGCAAGGCGUUGCUGUCACAAUGGAAGCAUCGCACAUGUGUAUGGUCAUGCGUGGUGUGCAGAAACCGGGCAGUAGCACUGUCACAAGUUGCAUGCUUGGUGUCUUUAGAGAGGACCCGAAAACCAGGGAAGAGUUCUUAAGACUCAUCCGAUCCCAGGGGCUGUAG